AUGUUUGUAUUCAGUUCUCAGUUCCGUCAAAAGAUGAUGGUGGUAGUCAGCAAAUUAAUCAGGACGAAAGAUCCCGACCUGGCUGACCCCGUUGACCCUAAAGCAGCUAAAGCAACACAACUAAAGAAAGUACUGACUACAGUAGACUUGACAUCCCUCGGCGUAGGUAGCUGUGUAGGUACCGGAAUGUACUUAGUCGCCGGCAUGGUUGCGCACAACAAAGCAGGACCCGCAGUUGUCAUUUCUUUCAUAGUGGCAGCAGUGGCUUCCCUCUUCUCAGGAGUAUGUUACGCCGAGUUUGGCGUGAGGGUGCCUCACACGACGGGUUCUGCGUACAUGUACAGUUAUGUGACCGUUGGCGAGUUUAUUGCUUUUGUGAUCGGCUGGAAUAUGGUGCUCGAAUAUCUAAUAGGCACCGCAGCGGGAGCCUGCGCCAUCAGCGCAUGCGUCGACGCCAUGGCAGGAGGUGCUAUUGGCUCUGCUAUCAGGAGUGGCCUAGGGACAUUUAUUGGCCACACGCCCGACUUCUUAGCAGCGUUAAUCACCUUCUUCAUGACGCUACUGAUGGUUGCAGGGGUCAAGAAAUCGCUACUGUUUACUAACAUUCUGAAUGCUAUUAACCUGUCCGUCUGGGUGUUCAUCAUGGCGGCAGGUUUGUUUUACGUCGACACAGACAACUGGAGCCAGCAUAAAGGGUUUCUCCCCAUGGGAUGGUCCGGGGUUCUAUCUGGAGCUGCUACAUGCUUCUAUGCUUUUAUCGGCUUUGACAUCAUUGCGACGACGGGAGAAGAGGCGAAAAACCCUAAAUGGUCCAUUCCUAUGGCGGUCAUAGUUAGUCUUAUUAUUGUGCUCACUGCAUAUAUCACAUCCAGUAUGAUGUUAACAUUGAUCAUUCCUUAUGAUGAAAUCGACAAAGAUUCUGCUCUGAUAGAGAUGUUCGCCCAGAGAGGAGCUUACAAGUGUAAAUAUAUUGUAGCUAUUGGUGCUCUUGCUGGUCUGACCGUCAGUAUGUUUGGAUCCAUGUUCCCUAUGCCUCGCAUUGUUUAUGCCAUGGCCAAAGACGGUCUUAUUUUCAAAUCUCUGGAUCAAGUCUGGGAUUUCACUGGAACCCCUGCCAAAGCAACAUGUAUUUUAGGAGCUGCCACAGCUUUAGUUUCAUUACUUAUGAGUUUGGAUGUUCUUGUAGAAAUGAUGUCCAUAGGUACUCUUAUGGCAUAUACUCUUGUAUCAACCUGCGUGCUCUUACUUCGAUACCAACCUCCCAAGACCACCUUAGUCCAACUCCUACCUGAGUCCAUCCGAUCUGCAUGUCCCACCCCCUCGAAAGAGAAUCCAGGAGCCAUGUUUCCCGCCACAGCCACCACCACAAUCCACACCAAGCGUACAAACCGAUACGACUCUUCUGACAGCGACGAGAGUCCUAGGGGUGGAGUCCUGGGGUUCGACGGGGAGCAACAGAGGCCGGAUCUCAUCCGAGACGCCGCCCAAAGAGACGACGAUCUACUCAUGAGGGGAGGGGACACGAGUUACGGGGCGGUGCCCCCACCGCAGUCAUCGCAACCACCUCCUCUUGCCGCUGCCUUCAGUAUCCCACAGAGAAUCAUCCAUCGCCUUAUGCGUGUCCUUCCCUACCACUGGUUCAACCCAGGCGAGGCGUCAAGUGCGACGGGCAUCUUCGUGAUGAAGAUGGUGGGGGUGCUUUAUUUGCUUAUCAUCAUCAUGGACUUAAUUGUUGUUUGCGCCAUGCCUGCGCUCGAGAAUCGAAGCGGGGCAGCCAUCUUCUUCCUGCUCGUCUUCCUGCUCGGAAUCAUUUUCUGCCUACUCGUUAUUUCUAGACAGCCGCAGACCAAAUGUGACUUGAAAUUCAAAGCUCCUUGUGUUCCUUUCAUCCCAGGAAUAGCAAUUACAGUUAAUAUUUAUCUUAUCUUCAAACUAUCAGUUUUAACACUCCUUCGUUUUCUAUUCUGGAUGGCAGUGGGUCUUUUCAUGUACUUCCGCUAUGGAAUCAAAAAUAGCUCCUUGGAGUUGCAUGAAGAUCGACCUGUAGAGUUGAAGAUUCCAGAAGAUAGAAUGAACAACUUAUACCCACAAGAGAAUCAGUAUGUGGCAGCACCAGGAAACCAGUAUGCAGCCGUUGACGACAACCAGUACAUGGAAAGUGAUCCUUACGGUGCCCCGGUUGAUCCGUUUUACAGUACAGCCCCGCCCACUCGAUCAGCAUUUGUAGAGCAACCAGAUCCAUUGGCGGAAGACCCGUGGGCCAAAUAUAAUUAG